UUAUUUCCCCUGUUCUCUCGAUCAUAUUCAACAUUUUGAAACCCUAACCCCCAAAUUCAAUAAACAAUCAAUUAUCUCAAAACCAUCAUAUAUUCAUAACAAAACACUAACAAUAAUGCAAAAUCAACACCAGAGGCUGAAGCUACAACAACAACAAGCUUUGAUGCAGCAAGCUCUCCUUCAACAACAAUCGCUCUAUCAUCCUGGCCUCUUAGCACCUCCACAGAUUGAGCCAAUCCCAAGUGGAAAUCUGCCUCCUGGGUUUGAUCCAAAUACAUGCCGCAGUGUGUAUGCUGGGAACAUUCAUAUACAAGUGACUGAACCGCUUCUUCAAGAGGUUUUUGCAAGUACGGGUCCCGUUGAAGGCUGCAAACUCAUAAGAAAAGAGAAGUCAUCUUAUGGAUUCAUUCACUACUUUGAUCGUAGAUCAGCUGCACUUGCUAUAUUAUCUCUAAAUGGGAGGCAUUUGUUUGGGCAACCUAUCAAAGUUAACUGGGCAUACGCCAGUGGACAGAGGGAGGACACAUCAGGUCACUACAACAUAUUUGUUGGUGAUCUUAGCCCUGAGGUUACAGAUGCUAUGUUGUUUGCAUGCUUCUCUGUUUAUGCCAGUUGUUCGGACGCGAGGGUUAUGUGGGAUCAGAAAACAGGCCGUUCACGAGGUUUUGGGUUUGUUUCUUUCCGGACCCAACAGGAUGCUCAAAGUGCUAUAAAUGACUUAACUGGGAAGUGGCUUGGCAGUAGGCAGAUCCGGUGCAAUUGGGCUACCAAAGGUGCUGGCACUAGCGAUGAAAAGCAGGCCUCGGAUUCUAAAAGUGUGGUGGAGCUAACAAACGGGUCUUCAGAAGAUAGUAAGGAACCUGUUAACGGUGAUGCUCCCGAGAAUAACCCACAGUAUACCACUGUUUACGUUGGCAACCUUGCUCCAGAAGUUACUCAGCUUGAACUUCAUCGCCACUUUCAUUCCUUUGGUGCUGGAAUAAUCGAGGAAGUCCGGGUUCAGCCAGACAAAGGGUUCGGUUUUGUAAGAUACAAUAAUCAUGCUGAGGCUGCUUUGGCUAUUCAAAUGGGAAAUACCCAAUCCAUUCUUUAUGGUAAACAAAUAAAGUGUUCUUGGGGCAGUAAGCCAACUCCACCAGGAACGACCUCAAACCCGCUUCCGCCACCUGUGCCUGCACCGAUGCUGUCGGCUGCUGACUUGUUGGCGUACGAGAGACAAUUUGCAAUGAGCAAGAUGGGUGGGGUCCAUGGGCUCAUGCAUGCUCAAGGGCAGUUUCCUCUUAAACCAGCAUCAAUGGGUGGUAUGGGCAUGGGUGCUGCUGGAGCAAGCCAAGCUAUUUAUGAUGGUUUCCCGAAUGUUGCUGCGACCCAACAACUCAUGUAUUAUCAGUGAGUGAUUAUGUGGCGUUAUUGCACGCGUUGCUUCUGUUGUUUUUUUUUUCUUCUGAGUUUCUAGGAGGCUUUUAUGAUGUUCUUCUUGGUUUUGUCGGUUUUUUUUGCUUUAUCAUUUACCCUUUACCCCUAUGUUGCUCUGCUUAUAUAUGCUUGUCUUGAGUAUGGAUACAUAUUAUGUAUGUUUAAUGUGAAGUGUGUUUGUCCCGGUAAUAAGUGCCUUUGGUGGUUUGUUUGAUCCGA